AAUGUGAUAUAACUACAGUUCCCAAGAACCAUCACGGCGAGAUGAAAGUGGGCGGGGCAUGUUUGACGCUGCGCGCGCGGUCUUUGAAAGAAAAUGGAGGAGCUUCAGAGAGGAGAGGUUGAACCGUGUGAUGCCAGCAACAUCAAUACCAGGGUCUCAGAAGUGUCUCAUGGAGUCAAACGUCCUCAUGACGGUAGCCACAUCUCCGGUCCUCCUCAGAAGUCACCUGAUCCUGCAGCGGUGCAGCAUUUGGGAGAGGAGGAGCGGCUGCAGGACUCGAGGAGGAGCUCUGCUGAGGACAGUAUGAGGGAAAGUGUGAGCGUUACCGAUCCUGAACCAAACCCUCGCUCGCGCAGGAAGUCCUGGAGGAGAUCGUCCAGAGGCAGGCGCUCUCUGCCGGCCUUCUCCUGCUCCUCACAGCCUCUGUGUGAAACCGUCAGUCUGUCUUUACCCGAUAACGAGAGGCUGGAGAUGCUAAUUAAAGCUGCUAUGCAGAGGACAGUGAAGAGGGCCAGAAGUAGUCUGUACACUGUUCCUGGUGUUGAUACAGAGACCCUCCAGACUCAAGGUAAGUCAGUUGAAUCUUUGCAUGAAGAGUGGGACAGUCUGGCUAAAGACAUCAGAAGAGAGACUCAGAAUUCACUUCCGACUGUUGAGAGUGACCCUGUUGUUAACAUGACCGCUGCACGCAUUCAGGAGGACAUUAACAGGUUACAGGCUGAGAGUAUGUCCUGGGAGUCACUACUGAACAAACAUCGGAGCAAAGCUGAGGAACUAGACAAAUGUGUGGAGCGGGGUGAAGAGAAGGGGCUGCCACUGGACCCAUCAUGCUUUGCAAAGUCCUCACAGAGUCGGCUCAUUCUGAACAAACCUGACUACAAGGCGGUGCUCAUGGGACAGCAAAAACUACUCCGAAACAUGGAGCUAGUGAUGGACUCACAGUGUUGUAUAAUGAGGGAGCUGCUGUCUUUCCGGGAGAAAUCACAGCUGCUGCUGAAGGAGACCAGUGCCAGACUAGCUGCCAGGGCUGGAUUUCACAAUCUCCCUUCAUCUCCAGUCAGACAGCUGAUAAAAGGACCCAUAUCUAGUGUUUCCUCUUAGUUUACAGUGCUGUAAUGAAUCCCAUCGGAUGCUGAGCUUCCACAGAAAAGUGCUAUGAUCUGAAAGGACCAUUUCGGUUAUGCAUUAUUACUUUUUACUCUAUCAUUUCUACUUUUUGCAGUAUCAAAAUACAUUUUCUGUUUUAUAUUAACCAAUGAUUUGGAUAGGAAGUAUCUAAAUUUAUACUAAACGUCUGUCUGUCCUAGAUUUCGUAAGAGGAAAGGUUCAGAAUGUGUACAUAAAGCACAAAGAUGGACACUAGAUGGCAGACUGGUUAUUCAUAGCUCUGCUUUAACCUGUGCGGUCCUGCAUAGGGUUUGUUUUUCACAAUUGUACAGAUUUCAGAUUAUAAUUAAAUGCCUUGACAUUUGCUUCAAACUUUUUGUCAUGUAAAAAACAUUCAGUUUUUAGCCCCCAAAUGCUUUUAAACGGUCUUUAAAUUGUCUUGUAUGUGUAAUGGACUAAGAAUGAUUUUCAUUCAUCCAUCACUGGAUUUUUUUUUUUUUUUUUUUGUCUCUCUCUUCUGCCUGAAUGGUAAAAUUGAAUAAACGGUUUGUGCUGGUGUCUUGUUUCCAGGACAAACAUCGCAAGCUUGUAUUUA